UUCUCAUCAUCAUGUAUCUGACAUUUUUGCUCCUGACACUGCAGGUGUUGAGCACCACAGCUUCACACUUUUAUGGAGGCUCAAUGACUUUUAACUCAAGAAGUAACUUUGAUGGAUCGUACAAGGUGGAACUUCGCUUCAAGACGGCCUACCAUCACUGUUCCUCAUAUGAUUACUGGACAUGCUGGUCUGGGAACUGUGGCAUUGAGAACAGUUAUGAGAUGGGUAAAAUAGAUUCAAGUGUUAAUGGUGGCAACUGGUGUCAGUCUGAGGGAAUCAUAACAAGAACUGUUUCCACCAAUGACCCAUUUGAGCUGAUAAACCAGGAUUGCUGCUGGAUUUAUAACACAGUGACAACAGGUGGACCCUGGAGUCUUCUCACACAUAUUGACCUUGGAGUGAGAUCAGACACCUCAAAGCCCAACAGAUCCCCAAUCACUACAACAUUACCGUUUCUUAGAGUUCCUCAGAACUGUCCAAGGAGGUUCAAUCUUUUAGCCUUUGAUCCUGAUGGUGACCACGUCAGAUGUAGAUAUGGACUCGGAUCCAAUAAUGAGUGUGGAAUUUGCAACCAACCUGCUGGUUUUACUUUGGAUCAGAAUCAAUGCUCGUUGUCGUAUGGCCACACAUCGCUCACAGGAGUUUAUUCAUUUGAGUUGGUACUGGAGGAUUUCCCCAUGCAGACGAUCACUCUGUCCUACACCAACCAACCUUCAGUGACUAGAGAUCCAGUCAGUUUAAACAGAGCCCGACGCAUGGUUCGAAGCAUUGAUUUAAAUUAUACAACCACAGUUGCACCUACUACAGUGGCAGUUGCUCCGCCAACAACCACAAUUGCAGUGACUACAAUCACAAAUCCACAAACUACAACCACAGUUCCACUGACUACAACCACAUGUGGAUCUUGUAAAACCACAAUUCCAUCGACUACAACCACAGUUCCAUCAACUAAAACCACAGUUCCACCGACUAACACCACAUGUGGAUCUUGUAAAACCACAAUUCCAUCGACUACAACCACAGUUCCAUCAACUAAAACCACAGUUCCAUCAACUAAAACCACAGUUCCACCGACUAACACCACAUGUGGAUCUUGUAAAACCACAAUUCCAUCGACUACAACCACAGUUCCAUCAACUAAAACCACAGUUCCACCGACUAACACCACAUGUGGAUCUUGUAAAACCACAAUUCCAUCGACUACAACCACAGUUCCACCGACUACAAGCACAGUUCCACCUACUAAAACCACAUGUGGAUCUUGUAAAACCCCAGUUUCAUCGACUACAACCCCAGUUUCAUCGACUACAACCCCAGUUCCAUCGACUACAACCCCAGUUCCAUCGACUACAACCCCAGUUCCAUCGACUACAACCCCAGUUACACCGACUACAACCCCAGUUACACCGACUACAACCCCAGUUACACCGACUAUAACCACAGUUCUACCGACUACAACCACUGUUCCAACUGUACCACUGAGCAAAAUUCCUCUUCAAUUUUCUCUUCAAGUUGAUAGUCCAGCUCUAUCUUGUACGGAGGGUGAAUAUCUACCACAGUUCCUGCACCCUACACCUCAACAUAGAGAGCACCUGCAGGCCCGUGUGUACGAGGAAAUUGAGAUCAGAAUAAAUGCUUUCGCAUAUAUUUCAAGCAUCACUGAUGUCAUCAUAAGUGGACCUCUGCACAGCACAAAACACAAAGCAACCACUGGGGAGUAUGUGAUUAACUGGACACCAACUCCAGAGAACCAUGGCCAACAUUUUCCAUUUUGCUUCAUUGCAGAAGGACAAGAUGGGUCAAACAUUUACCAGUCUGAAAUGAGGUGUGUCAUUGUAGAGGUGGAUGAAAUUGCAUUGACUACAACCACAGUUGCCCCGACCACAACCACAGUUGCGCCGACCACAACCACAGUUGCACAGACCACAACCACAGUUGCCCCGACCACAACCACAGUUGCCCCGACCACAACCACAGUUGCGCCUACCACAACCACAGUUGCGCCGACCACAACCACAGUUGCGCCGACCACAACCACAGUUGCCCCGACCACAACCACAGUUGCCACAACCACAGUUGCGCCGACCACAACCACAGUUGCGCCGACCACAACCACAGUUGCCCCGACCACAACCACAGUUGCUCCGACCACAACCACAGUUGCGCCGACCACAACCACAGUUGCGCCGACCACAACCACAGUUGCACCGACUACAACCACAUAUGCAUCAACUUUGCCAGGACCCAAGGCACAUGUAACCUGCUUACAAAACUCAAUGUCAGUGUCAGUUGAGAAGUCUACAAUCAAAAACAUCAAUAACAAACACUUGAGGCUGAUAGAUCCGUCUUGCCAGCCUAACUCCAAUGAGACCCAUGUGUUUAUCAGCAUACCUUUAAAUGGUUGUGGGACUGAAAUGAAGGAGACCAAUGAUAACCUUAUCUUCAAGAAUAAAAUCAUUUCGUAUGAUGACCCCAGAGACAUUAUUACCAGAAAGCAUGAACUAGAAAUUGAGUUCCUGUGCAAGUAUCGGAAAAGAAGCAACCUUACAAUGGAGUUUGAUACACGCAGACCAGGCAUCAACUUCACUGAGAUUGGCUUCGGCGCAUUCAGCUAUGAGUUCGAAUUUUAUCAAUCUGCAGACUUCUACAAUGAAAUUGAUCCAAACUCUUACCCACUGGAGUAUGAUUUGGGUGAGAUGAUCUACAUGCAGAUUGAGCCCAUCACUCCAGUCCAAAACACUGAGAUCUUCCUCGAGUCCUGUGUGGCUACACCCUACGAUAAUCCCAACUACCCAAUCUCUUACCCCAUCAUCACAAACGGAUGCAUUGUGGAUGAAACUGUUCAGAUUUUCUCAAAUCACCAACCAUACAUCGAGUUCGGUCUAGAGGCCUUCAAAUUCAUUGGGCUCCACGACCAGGUGUUCAUCAGCUGCUCAAUAAUCAUAUGUGAGGCCAACAACCCUCUCACGCGCUGUUCUAAGGGCUGCACAAACAUCCCAAUAUCUCCACUCUCCCACCAUCUUCAAAAAAGAGAGGCACCAAUCCAGACCACCAGUCACUUCAUCUCCCAGGGACCCCUGCGACUGAGACGUGAAUCACAGGUCACUGUAAGCCAAGGCGUGAAUCUGAACCUACUAGUCAUUGCUGGCUGUCUUCUAGCAACAGCUGCCAUGGUGUGCGGAGUGCUUGUCUAUAGAUUAAGGAUGUCAAGGGUCAGAUACCAACCUGUGCCAUCACACGAGAUAUGAGCAUGAUCGGUGUCUUCUUAACAAAGUAAUUUGUUAAAAAUUUGCAAAAAUACUACAAAGAAAAUUUCUCAUUUUCUACAACCGAUAGAUUCGGUUGUGAAGUCAAGUUUCUUUUAUGUACAAAUGCGGUCCAUGAUUUGAUAUCAUUGAGACUAAACUAUUGUAAUGCAUUAUAUAAAGCAAUGUGCCAGACAUCUUUUUGUCAUUUGCAAACUCUGCUGCUAGACUUUUAUUCUUGGCAUAAAAGUUAAACCACAUUGAUUGACUUGUGUUGUUUUAAUUGUCCUAUAAAGAUAAAUUUGCCAUUUCCAUAUAUUCCCAGUUGAAGUUAAACUUUUGUUUUAUGUAAUUCUAAUCUCUCUUUCUGUAUCAAAUGGAAUUUCUGGUUUACUGGUUUAUAAAUAAAAAACCCUGAAAAGUAUGUUUUUGGUAAUCAUUUAUUGCAGAAGGAGCAAAGCAAAUUGUAUUAGUUUAUUUAUUAAUAUCUUAGUUUUGGACAUAUACUUCA